GAGGCUGAGAAGCAGUAGGAGGGGAAAGAUGUAGAAGAGAAAAAGGAGGAGGAGAUUGGGCCUGGGAUGAAGGAAGAAAAAAGAUGAGAGGGAAAAGGAGGAGGAAGAGGCGGUGAAGGAGGAGAGUGAGAGUUUGGGGGGGGGCGCUUGUUUCAGUGUGCAAUAAUUGCCCAUCCUGAAGCCUGCUCCUCUCUGGGAUCUUUGGAUUUCUCAGUCUGGAUGCUAUAGCCCGGGAUCGGAACUCACUUUGACAUCCUGGUCUGUUGUGUGUGUGUGUGUGUGUGAGGACCCUGCCUGUCUGGCAUCUAAACAUGGGUCUCUCGUUGCGCUCUAGGAUUAUUGUCUGCCUGGCUGUUACCUUGGCUCAGGUGUUUGCUGUGAUCUGCCAAGAAGAGACCAAGAAAGAUACCUGCACAGAAAAUGGAAAAGUCUACGCCCAUAACGACAUGUGGAACUCGGAGCCGUGUCGGGCCUGCGUUUGUGAUAUGGGAACCAUCGUGUGUGAGGAUGUGAUUUGCGAAGACUUAGGAGACUGCCAAAAAACUGUGACCCCAGAUGGCGAGUGUUGCCCAGUGUGUAUAACUGCUAGCAGCGAGGCAACACCUACUGUAGAUGAGAGCACAAGUGGGGAUAACUGCACUGUGGAUGGGGAACUCUACCACCACAACGAGAUCUGGAAACCAGAGCCCUGUCACAUCUGUGUCUGCGACAAUGGUGUUUCUAUUUGUGACGAGGUGCAGUGUCAAAUUCUGUCAAACUGUGAGAAGGUCGUGACCCCGGAAGGAGAGUGUUGCCCAAUUUGUGACAGCUUCGCCAGUGCCAGCAGGGUGAUUGAAAUCAUGGGUUUUAAGGGACAGAAAGGGGAGCCUGGUGAUAUUCCAUAUGUGGUUGGACUACCAGGACCUCAAGGACCAGCGGGUCCUCCAGGAGGUCAGGGCUCCACUGGACCAAGAGGAUUUAAAGGCAGAAAGGGAUUCCCAGGGCCUCCAGGGUUUGACGGAGAGCCCGGUAUCCCAGGAAAUCCAGGGGAGCCAGGACCCCCGGGUGAGGCAUUAGCCCCAGGAGGAAACCUGGCGUCACAGAUGGCUGCAGGUUUCAAUGAGAAGUCAACUUUGGCAGGGAUGGUGUCAGGAACAAGAGGUGAAGCAGGACCACGAGGACAGUCAGGGCAGCCUGGACCUCCAGGUCCAACUGGUGCUCAGGGAAUUCCUGGAGAGGCUGGAGAACCAGGACAAAUGGGUGAGUCCGGUCAUCGAGGACCUGAUGGACCACCAGGAAAACCUGGACCUGACGGAGAACCUGGAGCUGCAGGUGCCGCAGGAGAACCAGGAUUUCCAGGAUCAGCGGGUGCAAGAGGAUUUCCAGGCCUCCCAGGACUUCCAGGUCUGAAAGGUCACAAGGGACAUUCUGGUACCCUUGGACCACGAGGAGAAAAUGGAGCAGUUGGAACCAAGGGUGCAUCAGGAUCUCCUGGUGGCAUGGGCGCUCCUGGACCAGUGGGGCCUCCAGGUCAGCAGGGGGAGCGAGGCAGAGCCGGACCAAGUGGACCAGUGGGCAAACGUGGAACACCUGGACACGUGGGGAAGCCUGGUCCGAUGGGUCCAUUGGGAAUCUCUGGCGUCCCAGGAUUCCCUGGCAGCCCAGGAAUGAAGGGUGAGGCAGGUCCAACAGGAGUAAGAGGAACCCCAGGACCACAGGGAGUGAGAGGAGAUUCAGGACACGUAGGACCACCUGGACAACAAGGACAGCAGGGUGCGGCAGGAACUGACGGAGGUCCUGGAGCUCGUGGUCAAACGGGUCUGGCAGGUGUUCAAGGUCCAUCCGGUUUGCAAGGUCCAGCUGGGGCCCCUGGUCCUCAGGGAACCACAGGAAUAGAAGGACCCAAGGGUCAACUGGGAGAUGUAGGAGUGCCUGGAUUCAAGGGAGAAGCUGGGCUCAAGGGAGAAAGAGGCGACCAUGGUGCCCCAGGUCCAUUAGGUCCACUUGGAGAGGAUGGAAAGCGUGGACCACGAGGUGAUGCUGGAUCUAUUGGGCCUCCAGGACCUGCAGGAGAGAUGGGAGUUCCAGGUCCUAGAGGUUUCCCAGGUGCUGAUGGUCUACGAGGCCCAAAGGGAGCCCAGGGAGAAAGAGGAGUUGCAGGUGCAGGCGGUGCCAAAGGUUUACCUGGAGACGUUGGCCGUGUUGGAGAGCCAGGAUUAACAGGAGCCCGGGGUUUGACUGGACCUAUUGGAGCUCAGGGACCAGAGGGAAAACUGGGACCUCUGGGUGGAGCAGGAGAGGAUGGCAAACAGGGUUCAGCUGGUUCUACAGGUACCAGGGGACCUUCUGGACCAAUGGGCUUGCCAGGACCAAAAGGCUUUGCUGGUGAUGCUGGAAAAAUUGGAGAGGCUGGAAGUCCUGGACCUCCAGGUGCAAGGGGACUGAAUGGAAAAGAUGGAGAAGAAGGUGCUGCUGGACCAACAGGCCCAGCUGGCCCUGCUGGGAAAAGAGGUGAACAUGGCCCUCAGGGAGUGAAUGGCUUCCAGGGCUUGCCUGGAACUGCAGGCCCACCUGGAGAGCCUGGAAAACCUGGUGAUGAGGGUCUUGCUGGAGAGGUUGGACUUGUUGGAGCUACUGGUACCCGGGGAGAAAGAGGCCCCCCAGGAGAGAGGGGUGAAAUCGGUCCAAAUGGACUGCAUGGUCCCAAAGGUAGUCCAGGUGGACCUGGAACAGAUGGACCAAAGGGUAACCCUGGGCCGAAAGGGGCUGUUGGUGAGCCAGGGGGUCCAGGACUACAGGGCAUGCCAGGAGAGAGGGGUAUAUCAGGACCUUCAGGACCUAAGGGAGAUGUUGGUUCUGUUGGAGAGAAAGGACUUGAAGGUAAAGCUGGUGCUGAUGGGGCACGGGGACUUCCUGGUGCUGUAGGACCUGUUGGCCCCAGUGGACCCAAUGGAGAUAAGGGUGAAACAGGUCCACAAGGACCUACAGGACGCAGAGGCUCUCGAGGAAUUGCUGGUUCAUCUGGAGAACCUGGUCCAACUGGUGCUGUUGGAUUCCCUGGAACAGGUGGUGUAGAUGGCCAGCCUGGCGUUAAAGGAGAGACAGGUGAAUCAGGUCCAAAAGGAGAAUCAGGACCACCAGGACCUCAGGGACAAGCAGGGAAACCAGGAACCCAGGGACCUGCUGGUGUGGCUGGGCUGAAGGGUGCCAGAGGAACCCAAGGUCCAACGGGAUCUCCUGGUUUCCCCGGGUUGCCUGGAGGAGUUGGACCUACUGGUACUCUUGGCCCUGUCGGUGCUGACGGACCUAUUGGUGCUCCAGGAAAACAAGGUCCUCCAGGAAUAAGAGGAGAGAACGGAGCUACAGGAAGACAGGGAGAGGCAGGACCUGCAGGUCUACCUGGCAGCCCUGGAGAGAAGGGAGACUCAGGAGAGGACGGUCCUCCAGGCCCUGAUGGUCCUCCAGGACCAGCUGGAGCCCAAGGACAAGGAGGUGUUGUAGGUCUGCCUGGACUGAGAGGAGAGCGAGGCAUGCUGGGACUGCCAGGUCCUGCUGGGCAACCUGGAAAACCUGGAGCUCCUGGAACACAGGGCAGCAAAGGACCAGCCGGUGGAGUUGGGUUACCAGGAGCCAUUGGACCGAGAGGAGACCCAGGCCCUGAGGGUGUUGCUGGAGAGGAGGGAGUUCCGGGUAAAGAUGGUGUUCUUGGACAAAGGGGAGAUAGAGGAGAUCCUGGUCCUGAGGGACUACCUGGUGGUGCAGGGUCUCCUGGUACAGAGGGUCCAGUGGGAUUCACGGGUGGUCCAGGAUCAAUCGGUGAACCAGGUUCCAAAGGCUCUGCUGGUCCACAGGGAGCUGCUGGAGUACGGGGCAAAGUGGGCCCUCAAGGGCCACAGGGAGAGAAGGGAGCUCUUGGAGACCAAGGAGAGAGGGGUCAGAAGGGACACAGAGGUUUCACUGGUCUCCAUGGUCUUCCUGGCGACGCAGGUGCCACCGGUGACCCGGGAACCAUAGGUAUCGUCGGACCAUCUGGUUCCAGGGGUCCUCCUGGAGUCACAGGUCCUCCUGGUAAAGAGGGACACAUUGGUCAACCUGGACCAAUGGGUGCUCCUGGAAGCAGAGGAUCCAUAGGAGACCUCGGAGAACAGGGACCAAUUGGUGAACCUGGACCCCCUGGUCCUCCAGGCCCCCCAGGACCUCCAACUGCAGCCAUGGAAGACCUCUUUGCUGAGAUGGCAUAUGACAUGAAAGGCAUCGUGCCAGCUGAGGAGUUUGUGGAGUACGACACAGAGGCGGAUCCUCCUCCACCGCCAGAGUUUAAUGAAGACGAAGCUCUUCCAAAUAAGAACAUCCUGCAUGCAGACACCGGUGUUCAGGCCACACUGAAGACCCUCAACGGACAUCUGCAGAACCUGCGCAGUCCUGAUGGAAGCAAGAUGAACCCGGCCAAAACCUGCCAGGACAUCAAGCUGUGUUACCCACAGAAAAAGAGCGGUGAUUACUGGCUUGAUCCAAACCAAGGAAGCACCAAAGACGCCAUCAGAGUGUUCUGCAACAUGGAAACUGGUGAAACCUGCAUCUCAGCAAACCCCUCAAAUGUUCCCCGCAAAGCCUGGUGGACCAAGUCCACUCCCAGUGCCAACAAUCCUGUCUGGUUUGGAGCCGACAUGAACAGUGGAACUAAAUUCACAUAUGGAUCCAAGGAGGAGCAAUCCAAUUCCGUAGCUGUUCAGAUGAAGCUGCUGCAGCUCUUGUCCAAAGAGUCGCACCAGAAUGUCACCUACCACUGUAGAAACAGUGUGGCCUACAAAGAUGCCAAGAACAGCAACCUAAAGAAAGCCCUGGUCUUCAAAGGCACCAACGGUCAGGAGCUGAGAGCACAAGGCAACAGCAGGCUAAGAUAUACUGUCAUCGAGGACGGCUGCUCGCAACCAGAUGGAACCUGGGGCCAGACAGUGAUCGAGUUCAGGACUCAGACCCCAACCAGGCUCCCCAUCGUAGACUUUGCCCCCCUGGACAUAGGAAAGCCUGAUCAAGAGUUCGGCCUGGACAUCGGCGCCGUGUGCUUCUCAUAAACAGAUGGACUUCCAACACGGCUGCCAUCGCCAUUUACAGUGUAUCUACUGGAACUGCAUACACACCAGUGAUGUGGGACUGAUGGGAUACUGAGCUUAUUUAUUCACACCACCAGUAAUUUUUUUUACAACGUGGAGCAUAAAGUACUCUGCAGGGAAAUACAUACCUGUGGGUGAAAAAUAUAAAAGAAACGAAAGAGAGAAAGAGAGAGAGCUCUGUAGUUCUGACUGACUGGUUGCAAAACUGGAAAAAAAAACAGGAACAUUCAAUCUUAUCAUAAUGUGAUGUCUAUAUUUCCGGGACAUGGCCUUACUUUUUAUUUAUGGUGUUUUCUUUCCAGUUAUUGCAUGUGAAGAAGUCUGGAUAGGAUUUUUUUUUAUCAUUGCAAUGUAGGUAUUCAUUUUAAGGGAAUUAAAAAAGUAAGUCAUGCUGAAAACUAAAUUAUUCUGUUUUGUACAAUUAAUUUUCAAAUAACAGAAGAAAACCUUUAUAUCUCCUUCAUAACAGUGUAAAUGCAAUGGAAGGCUGUAAAUUGCGACUUUUUAUUUGUUUAUUUUUGAUUGUAGAUGUGGAAUAAACAUGUGGAAAAAAAUGAAUAAACACCUGGUUUCCCCUCAUGAGCAGCAAACAUUUGCUGUGGAAUUUGAAUUAAGAAAGGAUUUCAUGCUUUUCCAAAGUCCAGCUUUAAGGCCAUAUAUUGUUGGGGUUUUGUUUUUUAUUUAUUUGC